GGCGCUGAGGUGUUUUGUAGUUUAAGACUUCCACACUGUCUCAGCACUUCUCUCCAUACAGCAUCUCCUCAACAUGAAGACUCUCCUCGCCGCAAUAGUCCUGUUCACCGCUGUGUUACACAUGGUGUUGUCUUGUUCGGUGUGUGAAGGUGAGGGGUUGAAGUGUUACACCUGUGUGGCUAAGAACAUGGACGAGUGUAACCGCCAGGGAUCAACAGUGUGUCCUGCUCACUCAGAUGCCUGCUCUACUAUCACGGGACCCAACUCUGUGAUGAAGUCAUGCGCUUACAAGUCUUUCUGUGACAAGUCUCACAUGAGCAAUGGUGAGGUGAAGCUGGAAUGCUGCUUCAACGACGACUGUAACGGCCCGCACCGGUCCCACAGCCACGGGGAAAACAACGCCGCCCCGCCCCUGAGCUCCUGCCCUGUCCUGCUGCUGGGGGUCCUGCUCACUACACUGGCUGUCAGUUCCCUGUGAACCCUUUAGUCUUGCAUGUCAAAUAAAGCCUCCUCUGAUCUA